GAUUCGGUCAGUCAUGUGACUGACAUCUGACGUGACACAGUAGUGUAAUGAAACGUGUUGUCAUUGUGAAGUUCAUGUGAACAAGUCGGGAUGACGGGGUUGACGAAAACAAGCGCUUGCAGCGUUGUGUUGCUACUUGUCGUGGCAAUUGAUACAGGGUUCUCGAAUCCCCUAAAAUCAAAAGAAUCCUGGGGAUAUGUUGACGUACGCGAGGGGGCACAUAUGUUCUGGUGGCUUUACUAUGCUGACAGCCCGUCCACCAGCUACUCCCAGCUGCCUCUCGUGAUGUGGCUGCAGGGAGGCCCGGGAGGAUCAGGCUGUGGCUUCGGGAACUUUGAAGAGAUUGGACCCCUGGACAGAGACCUUGAGCCUAGGAAAAACUCCUGGGUUCAGUACUCCAGUGUAUUGUUCGUUGAUAACCCGGUAGGAACAGGCUUCAGCUACACGGAUUCAGACGAGGCCUUCGCUACUGACGUGGCUACGGUCGCCUCCGACAUGCUGGUGCUGCUCAAACAGUUCUUCAACAAGGAGGAACAGUUCCAGAGUGUGCCCUUCUACAUAUUCUCAGAGUCCUAUGGAGGGAAGAUGGCUGCCGCGAUCUCGCUGGAACUCACUAAGGUAGGCACAAAUUACGUCCCCAAUGGCAUCCUAUUCCCUGUACAGUGUAUAUGGGCUCUGGUGAAAGCAGUGCACUCUAAAGGGAGUAGUGGAGCCAGUUGGGAUGAGAACCUACUGUCUCUGCUGUGGGGAAACCUUUUCCAGUUCUAA